AUGGCCGCACCUCAACAAAAGUGGAAGAUCGCCUUUGGCUGCGACGAAGCCGGUGUCGACUACAAGAACGCACUUAUCAAAGACUUUGAGGCGGAUGCUCGCGUUGAAUCCGUGAUCGACGUCGGUGUCCCUUCCAACGCCGACAAGACUGCCUAUCCCCAUGUUGCCGUUACCGCUGCUCGCAAGGUCGCCAGCGGUGAGGUUGACCGUGCGCUUCUCAUCUGCGGUACCGGUCUAGGUGUCGCCAUUGCCGCCAAUAAGGUGAACGGCGUCCGUGCCGUUACCGCACACGACUCGUACUCGGUCGAACGCGCGAUCCUUUCCAAUGACGCGCAAGUACUCUGCAUGGGUCAGCGCGUCAUCGGUCUCGAGCUCGCCAGAAAGCUCGCAAAGGAGUGGCUCUCUUACCGCUUCGACGCCUCGAGCGCCUCCGCUGCAAAGGUACAGGCCAUCUGCUCGUACGAGCACGCCGCUGACAAGCAGUAG